AUGACCGCGUACCCCAAAACCGAUCCCGAGACCGAAUCGACUCCAACGGAAAAAAAGCAACGAGACGUCCCGAUUUUCUCCCUCAAGAGCCCAUCAUACAUCCACGACUUCGCCGUGACGAAGAGCCACGCCGUAUUCCCCGAUCCGCAGAUCGUGAUUGAGCCUCUCCAGAUCCUGAGGGGGAAGCCGGUGCUGAGAAUCAACGGCGAUAAGGUGCCGAAGCUGGGCGUGAUCCAGCGCGACGCGGAUGAUGAGAGAGAAAUGUACUGGAUCGAUGAGCCCGGGCUGAAUAUGCUGCACGUGGUGAACGCUUGGGACGAAGACCACGGCGACACCAUCGUCGUCGUCGCGUCUAAUAUCCAACCGGUUGAGCAUGUGCUAGAGAAGUUAGAUUUGGUACAUUUGUCGUUGGAGAAGAUCGUGAUCGAUGCCAAGACGAAGAAGAGGUCUCCUCUUUCGGCCUCAGAGUCUCGACUUCGGAGUCAUCAAUCCUCAUUAUGCACAAAAGAAAAACAGAGCAAUUGA